AUGGCCAUAGUAGGCCAUGGGAGGACAGAGAAAGAGAAGGGAGGACAGGAGAGGACAGCAGAGGACAGCAGAGGACAGCAGAGGACAGCAGAGGACAGCAGAGGACAGGAGAGGACAGCAGAGGACAGCAGAGGACAGGAGAGGACAGGAGAGGACAGCAGAGGACAGCAGAGGACAGGAGAGGACAGCAGAGGACAGCAGAGGACAGGAGAGGACAGCAGAGGACAGGAGAGGACAGGAGAGGACAGCAGAGGACAGCAGAGGACAGCAGAGGACAGCAGUAAAGAUGUAGGUGGCUAUGCAAAAGAUGUGGGUGGCUAUGCUAAAGAUGUGGAUGGCUAUGCAAAAGAUGUAGGUGGCUAUGCAAAAGAUGUGAACAGCAACAGAGACGAAGAAGGAACAAGUGAACAGCAACAGAGACGAAGAAUGAACAGGCGAACAGCAACAGAGACGAAGAAGGAACAGGCUAACAGCAACAGAGACGAAGAAGGAACAGGCUAA